AAGUUGCAAUCAUCAGCUAGCGAGUGUAAAAUGGCAUUCGCAUAUAGUGAAAAGGAGACGGUGUUAUGCUUCCACGGUCCAUUGCUUUACGAAGCUAAGGUAAUCAAUAGAGCAAUGAAGGAUCUGCUAUUCACAGGUGAAGACCAACCAGCCUAUUUCGUGCACUACAAAGGCUGGAAACAGACUUGGGAUGAAUGGGUACCAGAGUCGCGUAUGCAUAAGAAUACACCAGAGAACCGCCAGAAGCAGAAAUCACUUAAGGAAAGCAUUAUGAAGAAGAAACAGCCGCCGUCAAGUACGCAAUCAGCAGGCGCUGGAGCACAGAGAAACAAACCUAAAUCAGGAGGUCAACCAGAGAAUAGUCGUAAACGCGGUAGGGAGACGGAGGAAUUUACCCAGGAGAGUUUCAAACGACCAGAGAUUAGACUUAUUAUACCAGACGAGUUGAAAGUUUUGCUCGUCGACGAUUGGGAGUUCGUUACGAAGAAUAACCAGUUGGUGCCUCUUCCGAGGACGCCAUCUGUGAAGCAGCUUCUGUUGUCCUAUAGAGAGCAUGUCGAGAGCAAGAUAACGAAUGAUACACAGAAAGCCAAAAAGAAAGCGCUGGUAGAGGAAGUCACAAAUGGCCUCGAGGUGUAUUUCAAUCGAGCAAUUGCGUCUAACCUUCUUUACCGCUUUGAGAGGCCGCAAUUUGUUCAAAUAAAGAAAGAGGCUGAUGAAAGGCCAGACAAUCAUGAGCAUAAGCAGCUAAGUGCCCUUUAUGGUACUGAGCACUUUUUGCGUUUGAUAGUCAAUUUACCCUCAAUGUUGGCUUUCACGUCGAUUGAUGGUGAAAGUAUAGAAAUAUUGCAGACGACGGUCCAAGAUAUACUACAAUACAUAAUCGACAAUAAAUCCACACUUUUCCUUUCCGAGUAUGAGAAUUCGAGUCCACAAUAUCAGAACCGUGUCAACGCGGGUAGCUAGCUGAAGAAGAAAUAAGAAAGCGUU